UUGUUUGUGUCUGAGUUUGUCAUUUUCAUGUCCGUGUUUGAUGUGCUAUGAAUGGCGAGAAUCGGUGUAUUUUUAUGAAUAAUACACUGACAUCGGUUGUUUUCAGUGUAUCUUCUGUUUACUGAUCGCAAACAUCAUAUAAGGCGCGCGGCCAUGCCGCGCUCCAAGCGCGACACAGUGCGCGACCGCACGGCCAGCGCGCCGUCCCCAGAGUCGCCGCUGCUCAGCAAACGCAAGGUGUUCGCGCAGCGCAAGUUUGCGCAGGGCGUGGCCACGCCGUGCGCGGGCUCUGCGCCGCCGUCGCCGCCGGCGGCCUCCUCCCGACCGCCGUCGCCGGCGCCGCUGCCGCCCGACGGGCCGCUGCCCAAGACUGAGGACUUCAUCACCUUCCUCUGCUUCAGAGGCACGUCUCGAUUACCGGCACACCUAGAGCGGUUCAACCACCCGCCUCUGCCGGGCAGCAGCGGCAGUCGGGCGGGGCGACCCGCCCGCUCCUCGGCGGCCGCUGGGCACGAGGGCUCGCCCGGCCGCGCCGGAGCCAACGCGCGCGCCAAGGAUCAGAAGAGUGCUAAUGGGAUCCGCCAGAACGGGCACGUCAAAAUGUCGGCGACAAAACCGCUCUUUCAGAAGCACAAUAGUGCGCUGCACAGCCGGUCGGCGCGCGACUCUCCCUCCUCCGUGUCCAGCUCGCGCUCGGAGAAGGUCGCGCCGGCGCUGAAGCGUGCCCAGGUGGUGCUCCGCAAACUCUCACACUCGAGCCUCAUCGCCAAGAAGAAGUCGCAGUCGGCCAAGCUGCGGGCGCAGAAGGCGGUGGACAAGCAGGCGCGCAUGCUGCAGAGGCUGGUGGUAUCGAGCAGCCUGCGCUACCCGUCCUCGGGACCGGCCAUCAAACUGACCACGCUCAAACAGCAGCGGCCGUUCGCGCGGCUGACGCGGGCCCAGAUCGCGCGCGGCGCCCGACAGCGACCGGCCGGCUCCGGCGCUCCGUCCCGGGCCCGGCCGGCCGGCGCCGAGACGUCCAAACCCCGACCGGGCGCCUCAGAGACAUCCAAACCGCGGCCGGGCGCGCCGCCAGCCUCGGACGGCCGGCCGUCGAAGGCGGCGGCUGAGCGGUCGGCGGCGGCGGCGCAGGUCAGGUCCCGCCGGCCGGCGACCGACGCGGUGGCGAGGAUCCGACAGAGGGCGCGACUGCGGCAGCAGAUGGCGGGAAAAAUGAGGAGGGAGGCGGACAGGAGGAAAGUACGCGCCGAGUCCGGCAGGUCGGGUCGGGAGGCACCCGGCAGACCGCCCGCCCUGCGCCGCUCCUGGAUGAGCGCAGACUCCGGGCCUGGCCGGCGCAGCGACGACGACCCCUCGGACUCGGAGAGGAGCGAGCGCCGGACGGCCGGCGGCGACGCGCCCGCCCGGCCCAAGGUGGCGCUGGCCAGCCGCUCCAAGAGCAAGUUCUGGUUCUGGGUGGAGGAGCCCGUACCGCGCAGUGAUGAUGACGAGCCUCCGGCCGCCGAGCGGACCGCCAGUCCUCGCACGCUGCGGGACGGCCGCCGCGUACAACCGCUGGAGUCCUCUUCCUCCUCCGAGGAAUCUGAGGAGGAGGAUGAGGCGCCGCCGGCCGGGAGGACGCUCCGAGACGGUACCGUCCUCCCGCCGGCAGAGUCUGACUCGGACCGCACCCCGCCGGCCGAACAGAAAACACCGGCCGGCCGAACGGCAGGUCGACCGGCGGCCAAGAAGGCGAACAAGACGCCGGAGCCGGCCAGCAAACAGGCGAGAGAGGAGGCGCGGAAGGACGAGAGCAGCUCGGAAGAGGAGGAGAGAGCGCCGCCGAGGGGCAGGGAGAGGCGCGGCUGGCGGCAGGCGCGCCGGCCGGGCUCGGCCGCCGCGGGGAGGGACAGGACUCCGGUACCGGCCGCGGCCAGGGAGCGGCGGAGGGCGCGCCGGACGGCCGGCUCCAGCUCCUCGGAGAGUGAGACCGAGACGAGCCGCAGCACCACCCGGGAGGCCAGUCGCCAGCGAACGGCGCAGGCCAAGGCAAAGACCCGCCAGCCGGACAGUAAGGUGCCCAAAGACUCCCCGGGACCAGCCAAACAGUCUGGAGCGGAAGCGAAACCGGCUGUCAAGAAGAAUAGUACGCCAGCGAGUAGAAGAAAUAAUGUCUCAUCGGAUGAAUCUAGCAAAAAAGAGAAGGUAAAUCCUCCGAAACGCGCUGUAUCUAGUCAGAGGAAAAAGCCUGUCUCUAGUUCGGAAGAUGAAAGUGAAGGCAAAUCGAAUCAAAAGGAAAAGCCGAAGACAGCUCGUGACGUUCGGCGCAGAACAGAUCCCGGCUCUGUCAAAGGUGAAUCCCCGAAACCGAUUUCGGCGAAGAAGAGGCCGAACGGUCGGGCAGCGGUGCCCGCGGCGUCUCACUCGGAGCUGGAAUCUCGGGAUGGUAAGCCGGGCCGGUCCAAGCCCGCUGAAUCGGAGGGGAGCAGCUCGGAGUCGAGCCGGGCGCCACCACCCCGGCGGGCGCCCCGCUCCGGCAGUGCCCGCGCGCCGCCGCCGCCGCGCCGCCCGCCGUCCUCCAGCUCUGAGGAGGAGCCGGCGGCGCGGCGCCCGCUGCGGGCGGGAGCAGGGACGGGGCGCCGCCGCUCGUGGGAGACGCCGCCGCCGCCGCCGCCGGCCGACGCUGCCAGCUCGGACAGCGAGCAGUCGGGACGGGUGACCCGCUCCCGGCGGCCCGAGUCGCUGCCGAUCGCCGGCGCCGUCCGGAAGCGGGCGUUCGUGCCGGGCCGGCACGGCUGGGAGGACAGCAGCAGCGGCACGGAGGAGCGGCCGGCCAGCCGUCGCCGCGCGCCGGCGCAUACCUCCAGCAGCGAGGAGCGCGCCUCGCCGCCGCCACCUCCGUCCGCCGACAAACCGCGCCGCACACUCCGGAAGCGCAGCGAGGCGUUCUUCUCGUACGACAUUAUCGAUACGGACACGGACGAUGAUCUGAUCAGCGUGAUCAGACCUCGGUCCCGGCAGCCGGCCAGACCCAGUGACGCCGAGCGGUCCACUCCGAACACCGCGCCGGCGGUGUCCAGUACCGCGGGCAGCAGCGCGCCCCGCGCCGCCUCCGCCGAGCGGAGACCCACCGUGGAGAGACGGGAGGCGUCCUCGACCGCGGUGGAGGCAGGCGCCGGCACGGCCACCCCGCCGCCGGGAGCCAAGAGCGGUCUGAAGAGGGAGUCGUCGGUCACACGGCACUCAACCGACCGCGAGUCAAGCGAUCGGACCCAGAAGAAGCGACCUCGGCCCUCAUCGCCGUCCAGUAGCGCACGGCACACGCCGACUAAGAAAAAGAGCGUCUCGUCGAAAUCGACAGACGGUUCGUUCCUGUCCAAACUGAAGGAGUCAGCGCAGCGGAGGAUCAGUCGUCUGACCCAGCGGCGGGGCGGAGCGGCUCGCUCCGGCGGCUCGCUGGCCGACUCCCGGCCGGCCAUGGGCGUGUACGAGUUCGAUUCGGACGAGAACCUCUCCUCGCUCACAUCCCUGCGCCAGUCGAGCGACGCCGUGAAGACCGUCUCGGAGGCGACGUCGACGAGCGAGGACAAGCCGCCGGCGGCGCCCGAGCGCUCCACCUGCACCAUCGCCAUCCAGGUCAACAUGGACGAGGAGGUGCCGCCCGCGGACGUCUCCUCGGGCACGCAGACCCAGGCGGCGGCGGCGCAGCAAACAGACUGCUCCGUGCAGAGUCAGACCGAGGAGCCGACGGCGGCGGCAGCGGAGUCCAGCGCCGGCGGGUUGUCACCGCAGCCGGCCCGGGGAGGGUCGGGGGCGCCACAGCGGCCGCCGUCCGGCGGACAGGGACGGCCCGGGCCGCCGGAGGGCGCUGCCGAGGGAUCGACCCAGUCGCCGGCCCAGCGGCGGGACCCGCCGUCAGAGUCUCCGGCUGUCUCCCAGCCGCCGGUACAGGCGGUGGUGACGGCUCCGAGUCAACCUCAGACGACUCAGACAGCGGCAGAGUCUUCCGUCCAGCCGGCGACUCAGCCCCCAGCUCAGUUAGUGACUCAGCCUCCCGUCCAGUCAACAGCUCAGCGUCCUGUCCAGCCUGCUGCCCAGGCUACACUUCAGCCCGCCGUGCAGCCCAUCGCCCAGCCUCUGGUACACUCUCUGGCGCAGCCCCCGGUCCACUCUCUGGCGCAGCCCCCGGUCCACUCUCUGGCACAGCCGCUGGCCCAGCGCGCCAGCCAGCCGCUGGCGGCCUCUGCCGUCUCCCAGCCGCUGUUGGCGGCCGCGCCGCGUCUCAUCAUGCCGGUGUCUCUGCUGCGGCCUCCGUACCCGGUGGGAGGCGGUGAGGUGGGCGGCCGGCCGCUGCAGCUGGUGUCGGUGACGGCGCCUCGCUGCAGCGUGCAGCCGCCGCCCGGCCUGGUCCAGCACCAGCUGCAGCCGCCGCAGCCGCAGCCGACGGCGGCGCCACAGCCGCGCUUCCAGCAGGUGCAGUACCAGCUGGGCGCAGCCGGUCUGUUCGCCGCCGGCUCUCUGGCCAGCGGCUCGUACGGCGCCGGCCAGUACCCGCUGCUGCAGACUCCGCCGGCCGGCAAACGGCCACUGGCGCCCGCCACCUGGUCCGCCGGAGCCGCCUCCUCGGCCCCCGCGCCCGCCGACCGACUCGCGCCCAUCAAACCCGUCCACCCGCACGGCGGCUCGGUGGCCGACUGGCGGCGGAGCGCCGACGCCGCCACCAGCGCGGCGGCGCGGUUCGCCUCGCGCGUGCCGCCGCCGGGCCUGAUCCGUCUGCCGGCGAGCAGCGCGGCGCCUCCACUGCACUACCCGCUGCCCUACUCUGGCCCGCUGCUGGCCGGCGCGUCUCCGUUCGCGCCGCGACUGGCGCUGCUGGGCGCUUCUCAGCUGCACGGCACCGGUGUGGCGGUGCUGAGUGCGCCGCCGGCCCGGCUCGAGCCGCCGCCGCCGCCGCUGCCGCUGCCGCGCGUCCCCACGCCGCUCACCUCUCCGGUCGACAGCAAGGCGGCGGUGCGCGCCCAGCUCAGGCAGGCAGCGGCGUUCGCUCCGGCCCCGGCGGUGGCCGGCAGGGCGGACGGCGGCGCCGGCUCGCCGGCCGACGUCAAGGUUCCGCUGCCAGUGGUGCCGCCCGCGCCCGGGAGGGUCCCGGUGGCGCCCGUGCCGAUGGCGCCGUCCAGGGACCGCUCGGUGCCGGGCCGGUCAGCUGCCGGUGCCGCGGGCCCGCUCGGCCCCGCUCCCUGGUCACCGGCCCACUCGGCCCGCUCGCUGGCGGUGACGACCCGACCCACCUCGGCGCCGACCGUCACUAGCUCCGCGGCGGCCACGGCUCCCUCCUCACGGCCGGCCAGCGCCACGCCGUCCCGGUCAGCCAACGUGGUAUCCCCGGCGGCGGCGCGGUCCCUGGCGGCGGCGGCGGGGGCUCCGGCUCACCCUCUGCCCGUACCACCGGCGUCCCGCGCACUACCGGUACAGAUCUCUGCUGUACCGCCCCGGGUACCUCCCCCAGCGCCGGUCUCAGCCCCCGCUCCGGCGCCGUCCGUCCCCGUCCCCGUCCCCACUCAUCGUCCCCCUCAGGCCGCCGUCCCUGUCCAACCAGCGGUCCCGGCGGCGCCGGUCCGUGGAUCAGCCGCGGGCGCGGCCCAGACACUAGCGUUAGCCGCUCCACCGCGGACUCCCGCCCGGCCUGCAGCGACUACGGAGAAGCCAAGUGCCAGCACCGUCACCGCGGGACCCUUGCCACCGGUUUCAGAGGUACGAGCCCAGCCCUCCGUCCCGUCUCAGAAGGUCCCCGCCGCUCCAGCUGCGACUGCGGCGCCGUCUCCUGCCGUGGUACCGCCUCUGACGAGCAGUUCAGGAGCCACCAGUACUGCGGCGGCGGUGGAGACUGCAGGCAGCGGAAAAACGGAGAGCCGACCGCAGAAACGACCCGCUGAGAAGACGCCGUCUUCCAAGACAGCUCCGUCCGCCAAGAAGGCUGCAUCAGUGUCAGCCGCGACCGCUAGUCCAGCAACCUCAACCUCAUCAGAGACCCCCUCCACACCCGCUGCCACAAAACCCACACCCAAACCCUCAUCCAAAUCCUCCGACCGACCCACACCAGUUCCCAAACCCUCUCCCAAGUCCAGUCCGGCCGGCCGGCCUCCUACCUCCGCCGCGCGCGGUAAGAAGAAGACCGGUGACGAGGCGGCCUCGUCGUCCUCGGAUGCGGAGCGGCUCUCGGCGGCGUCUCCAAUGUCGCCGGCGGCACGCGGGAGGCGCCGGUUCGACCGCGAGGAGGACUCUGGCAGGGAGUCGACGCCGCAGAGCAGGAGGUCCUCGCAGAGCCCCGCGCCAGCCAAGCGGGCGCGGAAGGUGUCCACGAUGGAGCUGGGCGUGCUCCAGGAGGUGCCCGUGUUCCGUCCCACCGAGAAGGAGUUCUCCGACCCGCUCCGCUACAUCGAGAAAAUCAGACCCGAGGCCGAACAGUACGGGCUCUGCCGCGUGGUGCCGCCGCCAGGAUUCAAGCCCGAAUGCCGCGUGGACGACGACAUGCGUUUCGUGGCGUACAACCACUACGUGCACAAGGUGUUCCGCCGGUGGGGGCCCAACUUCCGCGAGCUGCUGGCCAUCCGGCGGUACCUGGAGCAGCAGCAGAUCGACAUGGACGACCUGCCGCUGGUGGGCGGCAUGGAGAUCGACCUGCCGGGCCUCUACCACACCGUGCAGAGACUCGGAGGGCUCAACGACGUGAUCGCCGGCCGACGCUGGCCGGCCGUGGCCGAUCUGAUCCACAUGCCCAAGUGCGCGCAGGACCGGGCGGUCAAACUGGAGCAGAUCUACCUCAAGUACCUGGUCGGGUACACCAUGCUCACGGAAGACGAGAGGAAGCGCCUGCGCACGGAGGUGGAGACGGACUGGCACCGGCGCGAGCAGCAGGCCCGCUGCCGGCAGCUGCAGACCGACGACGAGGACGAACAGGACAGUGACGAGGAUGACGACGACGCCGCAGAGUGCAUCGUCAAGGGUAAAACGGUCAGCCUGGGCGCCUUCUACCGCGUGGCGAGGAACACCGCCUCGCUGCUGUUCAAGCAGAGUGACCCGAAACCGGAACUGGUCGAGGAUGAGUACUGGAAGGUGGUGAACGAGCGGGACCGGCACAUCUGCGUGUACUCGGGCAGCGUCGACUGCGGCGCGCAGAGCUACGGCUUCGUCUGUGACAAAAAGUCGCAGACCUCGCGGCUCGCCUGGAACCUGAAGGUGCUCAGCAACAACCCGGGGUCGAUCCUGCGCUCCAUGGGACAGGUCAUGGGUGUGACUGUACCGACUGUGCACAUGUCGAUGGCGUUCACCACCGGCUGCUGGUACUCGGACCCGCACUCGCUGCCCUGGAUAGAGUACCUCCACACCGGGGCGUCAAAGGUGUGGUACUCUGUGCCGGCCUCGGGCGGCGAGGCGCUGCGCCGGGAGCUCACCGAACUGAUGCCCGGAUACCUGCGACAGCACCCCGUGUGGCUACCCUCCGAUACGGCCAUGGUGCCGCCCGACCUGCUGGCUGAUAGGGGCGUUCCUGUGGCUCGCGCCGUGCAGCAGCCGGGCGAGUUUGUCGUCUCGUUCCCCCGCGCCUUCACGGCCUCGGUCGGCACCGGCUACACGCUCUCCGAGUCGGUGUUCUUCGCCACGCCCGACUGGCUCGCCUCCGCCACUGACGUCUACGAUAAGCUGAAGUUGAGCGGCGAGCCGGGCGUGUUCUCGCUGGACCGGCUGGUGCUGGGCGUCUGCUCUGACCCGCGCGCUUCGCUCGAGGCCCUGGCCCGCUGUCAGCCGCUGCUGCUCGACCUGCAGCGGCAGCAGCACGAGCAGCAACAGCGACUCCAGCAGCUCGGCAUCACCGACCCGGUGAAGAUAUCGGCCAAGAAGGGGGGCCGGUCGCGCAAGUCGGCGGCGCUCGAGGAGGACGACAAGGAGUGCGACGUCUGUAGGAGGACGCUCUACUCCGCCAUGGUCGAUAACCCCUCCGAGAGCGUGGUCUACUGUCUGGAGGAUGCCGCCGAGCUGCUCAGAAAGCCCGGCUCCAAACUCGAGGGGCUCAAACUUCAGCUCAUGUAUUCUCAGAGCGAUUUCGAGGAGCUCAUUCAUCAGGUGGACGAACGGAUCGCCGAGCUCGGAUCGAAACAGAGCUCGGCCAAAAAGAAACAGAAAAAGUCGGCGGCCUGAGCAGCUGCUGCGGCGCCGGCGCCUGGUGAUGAUCUCAGGGGAUAGAGGUGGGCCAGUACCGGCCGCCAGAGCCGCCGGUACUGCAGCCGCCGCCGCGUUACGAGUACUUAGUUGGGUCGCUGCACCGCCGACCUGUACAAACCAACGACGCAUGCUAGUGUUUUAGUGCGUAUAUUAAGUUGUGUGACAAUAAUUACGCGGGCAUUAUUUUCGAUUGUCCGAAUUUUCCAGCCAAACCAGUGAGCUGUCGAUUUGAGCUGUUUUUAUGUCGAGUCUCGUCUUUUUUAAGAUUGUGUGGAAAUCGUGUUUGGUAAUUGGCACUGGACAGUUCAUUGCUGCGUGUUUCUUAUAUUCUUAUUAUGUCGGGCGGGGCUCGCGGCUGUCUCGCCAUGUUGUAAUGCGCGGAGGUCCGGGGAUAUCGAGGGUUGUCGGUUGCGGAGAGUGCCCCCGACCGGCGGGGCCCCGACUCUCACAGUUCGAACAGGAACUGACGGAGAAUCAGAGAGAGAAUGUGUGCUUUCAUCGAUAGGCCUGCUGAGCGCUGUCUGGCCGCUGCGUUGGUGAGAGGUCUGUGUUGGCUCCCGGCGUCUCGCGUGUCCCUCUGUCUAUCCCCCCUCUACCUGUGCCCCUCUGUGCCCGUUGAGCCGCUGUUCGGACCCCUCCCCCCGCCCCGCCCCGCUCUUCGCUGGGAGGGCUAGGUGACGCGGUCCCUGCCGGCGGCGGUGACGCGCGAGACUGUCUUUCCCGGUCGGAGAACAAUAUAUAGCGUAGACUAUA